AUGACACUGCUCUGGCUUUUCCUCGACCUGCUGUUCUUAGUUCUGGGCUGCUGCUCAGCUGCCCCCCGAGAGCGCCCCUCUGCCGGGUCUAUCUUGAUCAACUUCCCGGGAGAGAGAAAAAGUACUCUCACUGACCAGCAAUUCGCUGAGGAAUAUCUGCUUCGGUACGGCUACAUCCCGGCAGGGUUUCUGGACCAAAAACACUCUUCUCUGAAGCAUGCCUUAAAGAAACUCCAGCGUCAGCUGGCCCUGCCACAGACGGGAGAGCUGGACAGCGCCACCAUCGAGGCAAUGCGCGCCCCGCGCUGCGGAGUACCCGACGCCGCCCCAUUCCAAACCUUCGAGGGUGAACUGAAGUGGAAACAUCAGAACAUCACCUAUCGGAUCCAGAAUUACUCCCCCGACCUGCCUCCUGAGGUGACGGAUGAUGCUUUCGAGCGAGCCUUUGCUCUGUGGAGUAGAGUGACCCCACUCACCUUCACACGUGUCAGCAGCGGGGAGGCAGACAUCCUGAUCCAGUUUGGGACCAGAGAGCACGGCGAUGGAUACCCCUUUGACGGGAAAGAUGGACUCUUGGCUCAUGCUUUCCCCCCAGGCCCAGGAAUCCAGGGAGAUGCCCACUUUGAUGACGAUGAGUUCUGGACUCUAGGCAAAGGCGUCGUGAUCAAAACGCGGUUCGGGAACGCAGACGGAGCCCCCUGCCACUUUCCUUUCACCUUCGAGGGCCGCUCCUACUCCGCCUGCACCACAGACGGCCGCUCUGACGGGUUGCACUGGUGCAGCACUACGGCUGACUAUGACAAGGACCGCCUUUACGGCUUCUGUCCGAGCGAGCUGCUCUACACCCUGGAUGGUAACGCCAAUGGCGAGCCCUGCGUGUUUCCCUUCACCUUCGAGGGUCGUUCCUACACAACCUGCACCACUGAAGGACGCUCUGACGGCUACCGCUGGUGUGCCACUACUGCCAGUUACGAUCAGGACAAGCUUUAUGGCUUCUGCCCCAACCGAGAUACUGCGGUGAGCGGAGGCAACUCCCAAGGGGAACCCUGCGUCUUUCCCUUCACUUUCCUGAAUCGAGAAUACUCCGCCUGCACCAGUGAGGGCCGCAGUGAUGGUCGCCUCUGGUGUGCGACCACCGAUGACUUCGACCGUGAUCGCAAGUGGGGCUUCUGUCAGGAUCGAGGGUACAGCUUGUUCCUCGUGGCCGCGCACGAGUUUGGGCAUGCGCUAGGCUUGGACCACUCAUCUGUGCCGGAAGCACUGAUGUUCCCAAUGUACAGUUUUACCGAGGGACCCCCAUUGCACGAGGAUGACGUGAAGGGAAUCCAACAUUUGUACGGUUCUAGGACUGAGCCGGAUCCCAAACCUCCGACCUCCUCUCCCUUAGAGCCAGACUCCACCACUCAGUUCAAUGCUUGUCCCUCUGUACCCCCCACUGCCAGACCCACCGGCCCUCCUACUGCUCGCCCCUCAGCACCUCCCACAGCUGGCCCCACUGGUCCUCCCACAGCCAACCCCCCUGUGCUCCCCACUGGGCCCUUGGACCCAGCUGACGAUGUUUGUGGCGUCCUGAUAUUUGAUGCCAUCGCUGAGAUCCGAGGCCAGCUUCACUUCUUCAAAGACGGGCGGUACUGGCGAGCCCCCCUGGGCUCCGAGGGGCGGACUCAAGGACCCUUCUUCAUCGCUAACACUUGGUCUGCAUUGCCCCGGAAAUUAGACUCGGCUUUCGAAGAUCCUCUGACUAAGAAACUCUUCUUCUUCUCAGGCAAACGAGUGUGGGUAUACACAGGCCAGUCAGUUCUGGGUCCCCGGAGACUGGAGAAGCUGGGCCUGGAUCCCAGUGUUCAAAGGAUAACAGGCGCCAUUCAACAUAAUGGAGGCAAGGUGCUAUUGUUCAGCCAGAAUCAAUAUUGGAGGUUGGAUGUGAAGAAGCAAAAGGUAGACUCAAGAGAACCUUACCCUGUGGAGAACAUGUUCCCUGGAGUACCUGAGGAUACUCACGAUGUUUUCCUGUAUAAAGGAGAUACAUACUUCUGCCAGGACGUCUUCUUCUGGCGCGUGAACAAGGAUAACAAGGUGGACUUAGUGGGCUACGUGACCUACGACCUCCUGCACUGCCAAGACGACUAACCCCUCAGCUUCCCUGGGAGCUGUCAGGGUCAUAGCUUUGGGAGUUUAGGAAUGAGAGGACAAAGUUUUGCUGGGCAAAUGGGGAUAGACCGGAAAGGAACGGAAGGUGCGGGCCGGCCCGCAGCUGGUGGCAGCGCAGGGCAGGGCAGGGCAUGGCAGGGCCGGUUCCUUCCUCCCAGUCGGGAACGUUUCUAAUAAA